AUGGGAAAACGGGCCAAAAAGAUCAAGGCAGCCCUGGCAUCGGGAACCCGUAAUAUUGGGGAAUACAUGCAGGGAAGCCUCCCGCACGUGGCGCCCAAGAUGGCGGACCUACAUGCGGAGACCUCAUCGGAGGAGGAAGAAACCUCCAUGGACGCCCUAGACGAGAUCCCACAAGCUGGAGGCCUGUAUACGGAAUCCUCGGACGAGGAGAAUAACACCCCGGCCACGAAGGGAGACAUUAAAUCACUCCUCCGCGACAUCUGCAAGAUGUUCCAGGCGGACCUUGCAAUUCUGAGAGAGGACAUGCUCUCACUUACAGGGCGCCUCAAGGCCGCAGAGGAAACAUCGGCCCACCUCAAAGCCGAGCAAACCACACUUGCCGCAGAGCAGAAACGGCUAACAGCCUCACAAGCAACAAUGACACUGAAACUAACUGAAUAUGAAGACCGCAGCCGCAGCAAGAAUAUCAAGAUUAGGGGUAUCCCUAUUACGAUAGACAAGAAUGAACUGCCGCAAUACGUGGGGCGCUUGCUCCAGCAAAUACUUCCCCACAAACAGGCUAAGAACAUCCUGGUGGAUAACAUAUACAGAAUCCGCAGGCAGGGCAGACAGCCCCAACAGGCAUCCAGUGAUAUAAUUUUACAGCUUGUCACACACCUGAACAAAACGGCGAUCAUGGCAGCGGUCAGGGAUUUGCCGGUCCUGGCCUUCGAGAGGCACAACCUGACAUUCUAUAAUGACCUCUCAAAACCCACCAUGCAAUGGAGGCAAACAAUGCGCCCUAUCACCAGCGUGCUGAGACGGAAGAAGAUCCCGUACCGCUGGGGCACACCACGCUCCCUUCAGAUCACCGCGGAGGGGAUAACCCAUACAAUACACUCACCAGAGGAAGGCCAAUUGUUUCUGACCCAGCAGGGCAUCACAACACAGAGGGAAUUCAGAAGGGGCAGCCCUCGGAGACCACAAUGGGAUGUGGACAACAUCGCCCCAUUCGAACCACGGAGAGACCCCACCUGCCUGAGGCAAAUCCAGGGGACUAAAGACCCUGCUACACACGCCUGCACCCAGCUUGAUCACCACGGGCAUAGGCUGAGAGGACUGUUUUCACCUGGUCCGAGACUGUAUCCAGGCUAA